AUGGCGAGAAAUUCGGAAAGGGCUUUGCUUAUACUAAAUCGAUGGCAUACUAUGCGUCAUGUCAUCCAAGGUGGCGAAACCUUACAAAUACCCAAUGAUCCUCGAUCAGUAUAUAAAUUAGAUUUAGCUGAGGCUUAUAGAAAUAAAAUUAGUAGAGACUUGAUUACGCAUUUGAUAAAAAUUCAAGACACAAGUUUGAGUGAAAAAGAACUCUGGUCAAAACGAAUUAAAGAACUAGGAGGUGUUUAUGUUAAAUAUUAUAACCCCCUUGAAAACGAUUUUGUAAUUGCUAAAGAUGGAACUCACUGGUACGGAGCGAGUAAAUUUUUGCCUCGAGUAGAAAUCGAUGAAAGUCAUGAAACUAAUGAGAGAGAAGAAAUUGAUCUAGAUACAUUGGCCAAAAACGUCAAUGAAGAUUAUUUUGGAGCAAAUGAUUUUCUGUAUUUUCCAGAUUUGUCUACUUUACCUAAAUCUUAA